GUCUGUUCUACCCUUUCUCCGUCCUUAUCGACGUUUUAUACAGUUCCAAGUUAGUGACUUUUCCCUGCACCGCCAACUUCUAUCGACCAUUUAUUUCACAGUCACAGCCAGGCGUUGAUAUUCUUGGUUGUCCUCAAAAUUCUCGCAAAAUAAUAACGCUGAUCUAACCUUGUCGCUCCAUUUGCACAUUAUCCUCCGAAGAGUGUUCCUUUUUCUGCCGAAAUCAUGCGUGAAUGCAUCUCAGUGCACGUCGGACAGGCGGGAGUCCAGAUUGGCAAUGCCUGCUGGGAGCUGUACUGCUUGGAACACGGAAUCCAGCCGGAUGGGCAAAUGCCAUCUGAUAAAACUAUUGGCGGAGGCGAUGAUUCCUUCAACACGUUUUUCAGCGAGACCGGAGCUGGAAAACAUGUCCCGCGUGCCGUGUUCGUCGAUCUGGAACCCACUGUUAUUGAUGAAAUUCGCACCGGGACAUAUCGGCAGCUGUUCCACCCUGAACAGCUGAUCACCGGUAAGGAGGAUGCGGCCAAUAAUUACGCGCGUGGCCACUACACGGUCGGGAAGGAAAUUGUCGAUCUGGUGCUGGAUCGUAUCCGCAAGCUGGCUGAUCAGUGCACCGGCCUGCAGGGCUUCCUGAUUUUCCACAGCUUCGGUGGCGGAACGGGAUCGGGAUUCACUUCUCUGCUGAUGGAGCGCCUGUCGGUUGACUAUGGGAAAAAGUCCAAGCUGGAAUUCUCUGUGUAUCCGGCUCCUCAGGUGAGCACGGCUGUGGUCGAGCCAUAUAACAGCAUUUUGACCACGCAUACUACUCUGGAGCAUUCCGAUUGUGCAUUUAUGGUGGAUAACGAAGCCAUCUACGACAUUUGCCGCCGCAACUUGGACAUCGAGCGCCCGACAUAUACAAAUUUGAACCGUCUGAUUGGCCAGAUUGUUUCCUCAAUUACUGCUUCUCUGCGCUUUGAUGGAGCCCUAAAUGUCGAUCUUACGGAAUUUCAAACUAAUUUGGUGCCAUACCCUCGUAUCCACUUUCCGCUGGUGACAUAUGCUCCGAUUAUUUCCGCUGAAAAGGCAUAUCACGAGCAGCUUACGGUGUCGGAGAUUACUAACGCGUGCUUCGAACCAGCUAACCAAAUGGUCAAGUGUGAUCCCCGCCACGGAAAGUACAUGGCUUGCUGCAUGCUGUAUCGUGGCGAUGUGGUGCCCAAGGAUGUUAACGCUGCGAUUGCGGCUAUCAAAACUAAGCGCACCAUCCAGUUUGUUGAUUGGUGCCCCACUGGAUUUAAGGUUGGCAUUAAUUAUCAGCCGCCGACCGUCGUUCCUGGAGGCGAUUUGGCCAAAGUCCAGCGAGCUGUGUGCAUGCUGAGCAACACCACGGCCAUUGCCGAAGCAUGGGCUCGCUUGGAUCACAAAUUUGACCUGAUGUAUGCUAAGCGUGCGUUCGUACACUGGUAUGUCGGUGAGGGAAUGGAAGAGGGUGAAUUCAGUGAGGCCCGCGAGGAUCUGGCGGCCCUGGAAAAGGAUUACGAAGAAGUGGGAGUGGAUUCAGUCGAAGGCGAGGGUGAAGGAGAAGGCGAAGAGGUUUAAUCGCCAAUGCUAACAGCGUGCGUAGAAGCCGUUUUCGGUCAUCAGUUUUCUCGGUUUAAUCAUUCUUGUGGUUUUGUAAUUUUUUGCAGGACUUGCUGUAAUCUCACGAACUAUUCUCAUAUAUAUCUCAAUUUGUACUUACGAUGUUCCUGACUUGUAUUCCUGUCAGUGGUACUCUGUCUGACGGUCUCUUUAAAUAUUUUGCAUGG